GACGCCGGUCAGUGCCCAUGUGUUAAUGGAGUGGCAGGAGUUAAAUGUGACAUUUGUGCCCAUGGAUUUUAUGGAUAUCAUGAUGGUGGCUGUACACCUUGUGACUGUGCGCAUACACAGAAUAACUGCAACUCCCAGACCGGAGAGUGUAUCUGUCCCCCUCACACACAUGGGCCAAAGUGCGAAUUCUGCGAUGCCAACUACUGGGGCCAUGAUCCUGAGCUUGGAUGUCUGGAAUGCAACUGCAGUACAGAUGGGUCUUCCAUUCUCCAGUGUGACCUCACUACUGGCCAGUGUCUGUGCAGGAAGGAGUUUGCUGGACAGACUUGCAAUACUUGUGUAUUUGGAUACAGAAAUUACCCCAACUGCAUCUCCUGUGACUGUGAUGUAAAA